GAAACCAUCAUACCUUAUACCCUAGAGCACCCCUGUCUCUAAACAUUAGAUUACUAAGAAAAGAAAAGAAAAUGCCAGCCCCCCGCUGCUUCAUCAUCCGCCACGGCGAAACCGAAUGGUCCCUCAAUGGCCGACACACGGGUAUCAGCGACCUCCCGCUCACAGCCAACGGCGAGAAACGUAUCGCGGCAACAGGCAAGGGUCUUGUGGGUGAUGACCGGUUGAUUGUGCCGAAGAAGUUGUCUCAUGUUUACGUCUCCCCCCGCGCUCGCGCGCAACGAACGCUCGAAUUACUAGAGAUCGGAUCCAAGGAGAGACUACCAUGGAAGGAAAGCCGGAAGCCCGAGGAAGACGAGCCGAUUCGGACAGAGGCCAAGGUGGUGCUCACCGAGGCCGUUCGCGAAUGGGACUAUGGUGACUACGAAGGCUUGACGAGCAAGCAGAUCAAGGAGCAGCGGGCGAAGGAUGGAGAGGAGCCGUGGGAUAUUUGGAGGCAGGGAUGUCCGGGUGGAGAAACCCCCGAAGACGUCAUCCGUCGUCUCGACGCAGUCAUCGCAGACAUCAGAGAAAACCACCACCGCAAGUGCUUCGAAGACCCCGAUGCCUCCGGAGAUGUCCUCAUCGUCGCGCACGGCCAUAUCCUCCGCGCCUUCGCCAUGCGCUGGACCGGGAAGCCAUUGACUGAGACAUCAUUGAUUCUGGAAGCCGGUGGUGUUGGUACUCUCAGGUAAGACGGUGGAUCUAAGAGACUUCAUAUCGUGAAUGGCGCUGAUAGAAUCCAGUUACGAGCAUCAUAACAUCGACGAGCCGGCGAUUAUUCUCGGAGGAGGAUUCGUGGUGGAUUAAUCGUAUCAUGUGGGAGCAAAUCAAAGGAGCCAUGUAAGAUCCUCACCAUGCCAUACCAAAUCACGACUCCGACUCCUCCUUAAUCCUCCUCUCCCCUUCUACUUGACUCUCCUCCUUAACAACCCCCUCCUCCCCCAACACCUUCGCAGACCCCAUAAACAACCCCCCAACAUACCCGCCCAAGAACCGCAUAUCCUCCGCCUGCACAGCCGUCAUUCGCAGCAGAUUCUCCGUAUCCGCGAGGUGCGCGUUCAGCUGUGCCAGUUGCGAGUGGAGGUG